AUGGCGGCCGUCCUGCUGCAGGUUCUGGAGCGGACGGAGUUGAACAAGCUCCCUAAAGGUGUCCAAAAUAAGCUGGAGAAGUUUGUAUCGGAGCUACAGAAUGCUAAUGAGGCACUCUUGACCCAACAGGAGCGAUUCAAAGCGAACAGUGAACAACAGUUCUUUGACAUUGAUAAGAAACUUGGAGAAAGUCAGGAACAGAUCCUGUGUGCCACUCGAGACCUGCAGACACUCAAGGAGGAAAAUAAAAAGCUAAAUGAAGAGCUGAGUGUUCUAAAGGGAAUUGAAGGAGAUACUUCUGAGGUGAAAACCGAGCAACAGCAGUCCAAAUCGAAGUAUGAGCUCGAGGCGGAAAAAAGAGAACUGGCACGGUUGCUGGAGAAGAGAACUCAAGAGGUGGAAAACCUGACUGAAGAUGCAAAGCGCUUAAAUGAGAGACUGGUGGAGACCAACAAAGUCAAGGUGGAGCUGCAGUUAAAACUGGAUGAGCUCCAGUCCUCACAGGCCUCUGUUCAGCACCGGGAGAAGCGCAUGGAGCAGGAAAAGGAGUUGCUGGAUAAAAAAAUCGAAUGGUUGACUGCAGAACUGAAGACCAAAACUGAAGAACUAUUGAACUCAAACAGAGAAACUGGCAAAGAGAUACUGGUGCUCAAGGGUAAUCUGAAAAGCAAGACUGAGCAGGUGACCAGAUUGGAAAGUCAACUCAGUUCUCUGAAUCAGUCCAGUGAAAACCAGAAUAAACGAGCUGAAGACUUGAACAACAAACUAAAACAGGCUAAGGAUGAACUUAGUUCCAUGGAGGAAAAAUACCGGAAUGAGCUCAAUGCUCAUGUCAAGUUGUCCUCUCUCUACAAGGGAGUAGCAGCAGACAUGGAAACUAAGAACCAAGAACUAAGCAGAGCAGUGGAAGAACUUAGCAAACUGGUUAAAAACACUGCAGAAGCGAACAAAAUGCUGGAAAAGAAGGUGUCUGAUGCAGAGGAGCAAAAGACCCGUUCAGAAGUAGAGCUUAACGACAAGAUCAAAAAAAUGGAGAAGGAGCUGGAGAACGCUUCAUUGAAAGCCUCUGGGAAAUACUGUUGUGCACCCUCACUGACUGAGGAGCAGCUUGAAUCCAUGUGUCCUUCUGCUGCUGCCAUUGCUGCUAUUGUUAAGCCUGGAAUGAAGUUUUUUGAUCUGUAUAAUGCCUACUCUGAGUGCCAGACUCAGCUGCAACUAGAGAAGCAGGAGACCAGAAGGGUGAGCAAAGUGUUGGAUGAGGUCGUCCAAGAGGUGGAAUGCAAAGCCCCUGUCCUAAGACGUCAGAGGGAAGAGUUUGAGACCAUGCAGAGUUCAAUGGCCUCCCUCUGGAAUAAACUGGAACAGGCCCGAACGGAGAUAUACAGCUUACAGAAAGAGAAAGACGAAGCCAAGCAACAUUGUGACAACCUGGAGAAGGCCAAACUGAGGACAGAAAGACUGUUGGAUGAUACCUCUACACAAGUUUGUGCACUGUUGGUUGAACUUGAGGAAGCCAGAGGUAAUCCAGUGACUAAGGAUGAAGGCAGUGCCGCCAAUAUUUCAGGCACAGGUGCCAGGCCACAUCAGGUUUCCUUCCGCAGUGUUGAGGAGCUCCAGAUGCAAAACAGAAGCCUGCUGGAAAGGCUGAAGAAGCUCGAGGAAGAGAAUACAAAUCAGCAAAUCCAAGCAAAAUCAACACGUGUGUUGGAGUUGGAGACUAGUGUGGAUAAACUUCAGAAAGAGUUGGAGCAGUUAAGCGAGCAAGGGAAGCAGCAGAAACAACUUGCUGACUCCAAUGCUAGACAGAGAGACAUGUACAAAGCCCUUUUGUCACAUACCACUGGCUUCACCCUUCCCUCUCAAGAUUUUGCUUACCCUCCACCCGCUCGGCCAUCAGCCCCAGUAACUCGUUCAACGCCUCUACGAGUUGCUGCUGAGUCUGCACAAACUUCUCAGGCUAAAGCUGCAUUAAAACAGCUAAAUGAUGCCUUCACCUUGUACAAGAAAGAAAAGGCAGAGAACGACAAAAUGUUGAAUGAUUCCCAUGACAGACUGGAGAGGCAGCUGACAGAGGCUCGCUCAAGUAAUGCCAAAUUAACUUCUCAACUGGAGUUUAGCAACAAAAGGUAUGAAAUGCUCCAGGAGACUGUCACAGCAUUUCGUAGAGAGACUUCAGCUCUCCAGAACAGAAACCAAAAAAUUGCUGCAACAGUCCAACGACUUGAACACAUUGUCCAUACUAUGUCCCAGGACCUGCGGCAAGCUAAUGAAAAACUAGCACUAGAAGAGGUGCGGGUCGAGAACUUGACUAAAGAGAGAGACAUGCUAAAACAAGUGGAGAGUCGACUCAAUCGAGAGAAAGAGGCAAUGCUGGCAGAGCAACGUAACCAAAACCUACUACUCACCAACCUCAAGACAAUACAGUUAACAAUGGAACGUACAGACACAGAGAUUCGUCAACGACUGAAUAGUAAGAUUGAGAAUCUGGAAACAGAACUGGCCUCAAUGAAGACUCGACUAGAGAAGGAAGUAGCCCAGAGACAUACGCUUGGACGUAAUAUGGACGCUCAAUUAAUAGAAGCUAAAAAACAACUUGAGUCACAAAACACCUUACAACUAAAGACAAGAGAGUUGUUGAAAAACUCUGAACAGCAGUUGGUUGCGCUGAAAGCUCAACUGGCUUCUACUUCAACAGAGGGUGUUAGCACCCCAGUAACCAGAGCAGCAACUCUCAGAACACCUGUCAGAGUGCGGUCCCCUGUUCAAACCACUCAGCAGGCUGGCCUGUCCGAGCUGGCUGAGGUCAAAAGUAAUCUAAAUGCUGCGGAGGAGCAGAUCAACAAACUAGCAGAGCAGCUGAAAAAUGCUAAUGCUACCGUUGAGCAGUACAGGGCUGUAGUACUGACUUUGGAAGACAGUCUGAAAAAUGAGAAAGAGCAACGUGCACCUCUUGAAAUGAGACUCAAGGAAUCAGAAGACAUCCAGAAGAAGCUUGAAAGUCAGAUAUUAGAAGUGGAGAAAAAGAAUGAGCAAGCACAACAGGAGAAGAGGAAGGCUUUGGAGACGGUUGAGAAACAAGUGAGUGACCUGCAGCGCAGUCUUAAGGCCAGCCAAGCAGAGCAGCAGGAGGCAUUAGAGAGAGCUGCGAAAGCUGUCACUCUGGAGCAGAAGGCCAUACAGGAAAGCCUGCUGCAGACUAAACAAGCUGGUGAGGCGCAAGCAAAAUAUGAGCGAGAGUUGAUGCUUCAUGCAGCAGAUGUUGAGGUCCUCAAGGAGUUAAAGAAAACAUUGCAAGAAGAGGCAGUACGAAAUAAGGAUCUGGAAGAGCAAUUGAACAAAUCCAACUCAAGCUUACAAGAAAAAGCUGCCGCCUGGACCACUUUGGAGAAGCAGCUAAAGGAUGAAUUGGCUGCUCAGAGUGGUCGCUGUGAAGAACUGGGAAAACAGAACACUCUCCUGCAUGAACAAAUGGACGAAAUGGCUGCAAGGAGCCGUCAACAGCAACCGGAGCAGCAGCAGCUCAACUUUUCAUUUAGUGAGGAAGGGAAGACGCUUGAGCAGAUUCAAGAAAUACUCAGGUUUGUACGGAAAGAGAAAGAGAUUGCUGUAGCUCGAGGUGAAGCCUCUGAAGGAGAAGCUCUCCGCUACAAACAGCGAGUUGAACAUCAGAACCGGGAACUUAAAGAACUUCAGGAAGCUCUGAAUGCUGAGAGAGAGAAGAUGCAGACAACAGUGAAGAAGCUGGCUCAGAAAGAAACUCAGCUGAAGAACAUGGGCAAUAUCAGCACUCUCCAAGAGACCAACAAGAUGCUGAAAAUGGAGAGGGAGAAACUGGGGCAGGAGUUGCAGCAAACACAGGCAAAAGUAAAGAAACUGGAGUCAAACAUCAGCCCCCUGCAUGACUCAUUGGCUCAUCUUUCUGACAGAAAUGGUUCCCUGCAGGCUGAUAAAAAGUUGUUAGAAGACGACAUUAAACAUUUGAAAGCCAAAAUACAGCAACUUGUUAGCCAACAGAAGGACGGUGAUGUUGAGGAAAAGCAAAAACUCACAGCUGAAAGGGAAGCACAGCAGAGGCGUAUCUCCCAACUUGUUGAAGAGGCAGCCAAGCUAAAGACUGAGCUAGCCAGAUCCAGCACCAGCAACAACUUGGCGCAGUCCCAGGUGAAAAGCCUUAGAGAGUCUUUGACCCGCCUAACAGCAGAGAGAGACACACUGAAGAAAGAACUGGGGACAAAAAAUAGUGAUAUUCUAGAGAAGAACAAGACCAUUACACAGGUUAAGAAGAUAGGACGCCGCUACAAGACCCAGUAUGAGGAGUUAAAAGCCCUGCAUGACAAGCUGGUGGUGGAAACAGGAGCUAAAACACAAGGUGAAACCAGUCAGGUGGGACAACAGCAGCUCAGCAAGAGCCAAGAGGAGCUUAACAAGGUCAAAGAGGAGCUGGCCACAUUGAAGGAGUCAAUGCAGGAAGCAAAAAACUCACAGCAGGAGCUUCAGAAUGCCCAGAAGGAAAAUCAACAGAUCAAGGAAAAGUUAGAGGACAUCCAAAACCAACUGACCCAGAAUCAGAAUCAACUAACACAGGCUCAAUCCCAGUUGACCCAGACGCAGUCCCAGUUGCAGCAGAGUCAGAAAGAACUUCAACAAUCCAAGACACACAUACAGCAGCUACAAAAUCAACUGAAAUCUUCUCAGUGUCAGGCUCAGGCCCGUCAAAACCAGAUUCAACUGAUGCAGAAGGAGAUCCAGCAGGCUAAAGAUUCUCACCAACAAAACCUUACCAGUCAGAAAAAACUACAAGAGACCCACCAACAGGAGCUUAACCAUCUUAAGACUUCUUUGAGCAAAACAGAGAGUCAGGCCUCUGAACUUCAAGGCCAGGUGGACACUUUGAACACUAUGAUGACGGCUAAAGAAGCAGAAAAUAAAAAGCUUCAAGAACAGCUGGCGGAAGUAAACCAAGCCAAUGAAGCUCUAAAAGCUGCACAGGUGAACCAAAAUCAGAACCUGACAAAUCAAGCCAGUGAAGAUAAUGCUGAAGCUGACACAAAUGCACCAUUACAAAUGGAGCUUGGAAAACUCAGACAAGAGCUGUCUGAGAGCAAGAACAAGGAGGAGCAGCUCAGACAGCAAAUGGCAGACAAAGAAGAGAAGACUAAAAAAGCCUUUGUUGGUGCAAAGACCAAAAUCAAUCAGCUGAUCACUGCAAAAGAGAAUUUGAGCAAGGAAGUGGAAGAACUCAAGCAGUCUAAGGAGGAACUGGAGGUAAGGAUGAAUGCCCUAAAGUCCCAAUACGAAGGAAGACUUCUUCGACUUGACCGGGAACUGAGGGAGAAUCAAACACUGACUGAGCCCAGAGAGGAACCGCAGGACCAGAGUGGGUCUAAGAUUGGUGAUCAGAACAGAUCUCUAGACCAAAGGCCGAUUUCUUUGAAGAGUCCAGCCCAGGACAGAAGCAGCUCAAGCCUGUCUGAACCACCCACUGCCAAUAUUCGCCCUACUCCAAGUACUCCGUCUCCUAGCAACAAACCAACCCCUGCCCCUGGCAGCAAGUCAACCCCCCGCGCCAGCAUCCGACCUAUGGUCACCCCCGCUGCUGUCCCCAUGCCAACUCCUACUGCCACUGUAAUGCCGACCACACAGACUGAGAGCCAGGAGGUUUUGACUGCAGGAGCCACUGCCCACACCGUCAUCUCCAGUCUUAACACACUCACAUCCAUAACGCAACCAACCAGCACUCAAGCUACAGCAUUUGUCCAGCCAACUCAGCAGCAGGCCACUUCCCAGGAUGUCGGCAGCAGUAUAGAUGCAGAGCGGCCAUCUACGUCCUCUGCUGUGAUUGGAGCAUCGAGUUCUAAACGAAGUAGAGAGGAUGACAUCGAAGAAGAGGAGAUAAGACCGGAGAGUUCUCACGCCUCUUCAACGGCCAAAAAGCUCAGACUAAGACAAGCAAUCUUACUGCAGGUGGAAGGUCAUGAGGAUAUGGAAGAUCUUGGGGAUGAAAGUGAAAGACAAGACUCACCUGACAAUAGUCAGGAGCUUCCAGAAGAUAGUUUUCCUGUCAUUCCCGAAGAUGACGACAUAGAGGAGGAAGGCAUGUCCCAGUCGGUCCCUUCGGAUCGGACAUCUCCCGAGGAGUCAGGUCUGACAGGUGAAGUUAUUGUUAUCGACACAGACAGCGAAAGCCGUGAGAGCAGAGGAGAGAAACCGGAGACCACAGGUCAAGAAGAGGACCAGGCUGAAGAGGAAGAUGAAGAAGAGGAGGAGGAAGGGGAGGAGCACUACUUCUAUCAGGUGGUGGGGGAAGAUGACAACGAUGAUGAUGAUGAGGAUGAUGAAGAAGGAAGUAACCUUGCUAUAAAGGAAGGAGACGAAGGCCAAAAUGAAGAUGGAGAUGCUGAAGAGGAGGGGCAGCGGCCAUCAGCCACAAGCGCUGAUGAGAGUGACUCCCAGUGUCCCCCUGAACCAUCCCACAGCAGUGAAGCCAGCAGCAAUGUUGAAUCAGAAUCACAAAGAGAGGCCCCCCACUUCCCCCCAACUUCUUCCCCCGCCACAGCCUCCCCUUCGUCUUCUUCACUUACACUCCGUCUACCCCAGCCUCGUAGGCCGCCACACCCUCUUCCCCCACGACUCUAUAUCCAACCCCCUGCUUCGGAGUUAGGACCUCCUCACGCGCAGGCUAGACAGUCUUCUCAACUCCGACGACCAUCAGUAGGCCGAGGACCACAGCUGACACCUGGGAUAGGCAGUAUGCAACAUUUCUUUGAUGAUGACGACAGGAUGGUCCCAAGUACUCCUACGCUGGUUGUCCCUCACCGUACUGAUGGCUUUGCUGAAGCGAUACAUUCUCCUCAGGUUGCAGGUCUGUCCACUAGGUUUCGAUUUGGACCUCCUGAAGAUCUGCUCCCUCAAUCAUCAGCAUCACAUUCUGACCUGGGACAACUAGCCUCUCAAGGAGGUCUUGGCAUGUAUGAGUCUCCACUGUUCCUGCCUGCUCAUGAUGAGGAUGGAGGAGGAAGAAGCGUCCCCACAACACCUUUGCAGGUCGCUGCACCCGUGACGGUCUUCACGGAGUCUCUGCCCUCAGACAGUGGGGAUAACAUGGCGUCCCAGUCUGUUCCCAUGGUAACUGCCUCAACUGCGAUACCUGCACCUGGUGAUGAUGUAGAUGAGGUUUUCAUGGAACAAGAAGAAAGUACUACUGCUGAGGCUUCUUUAGACAGCCACACUGACAUGGAAGCAGCAGGACAGCAGAGUGAAGAUGCGUCACUUCCAUCCACCAGUCAAGACCCUGAUUCCUCUACAAUUUUCAACACAAUGUCCAACACCAGCAGCGUUACUCAGAGGCGGGCAGUUACCAGUCAACCUGUGGCGAGUACCCCGCUCAGCAGAACCAGAGGGAGGGGUGAAGGACGCAUGCUGAUCAGCCGCAGAGGGACAGUUGGUCGAUCAAGAGGAGGAUUGGGGAGAGGGAGCUCCAACUGA